AUUUAGUUCUUAGUUAACAACUAUAACAGGAAGGUUUUAGUUAACAAACAUUACGGUGAAAUAGUACAGUACCUAUUUCAUAUAUGCUGUCUUUAUUAUUUGGAAACUUUUGAAACAACAGAACACCGGAAUUCGAAUGGUUUUUGCUAUUUCUACAAUUUGUUCAAUUUAUUCCUUAUGCCAAACCUUUAAUAGUUCAAUGUCAAUCAGUUUUGAGGAUAUUUCAUUGCUAAACUUUUUUGUUUGCUUGCAGGUCAAUUAAACACUCUUAUAUUACGGAUAGAUAACUCGGAGUGGCCGUAAAUAAACCGAAUGGAUAAGAACGAGCUGACUCUGGCGAUGGUAGAUGCCAUUGAAAAGUAUCCACUUUUGUACUCCGGUGUGGCCCACUUCAACGCCCGUCGCGCGGAACAUAUGCAAGCUUGGAACGAAGUGGCAGCGGCCGUCGGUCAAGGAGUAAAUGCAACUUACUGCAAACAACGCUGGAAUAUCGUUCGAAGAAAUCACACGAAAUUUUUACGGACAGGUCGUAAUACCAUAAAGAUACCUGGCAUUCACGAGCGGCUCAGUUUUCUAAAUAGCUGGAUCAAGUCAAAUCAAGACAAGGAAGCAAAAAGAUCUCAAUUACGUAGCUUAGCGUUUAAUAUUGAGUUAGUCAAACUCGUGGAACAGCAUCCGUGGCUUUAUAACGAUCAACCAAGGAGCAAAGCAGAGGAUGAAGAGGCGUGGGAAAAAAUCGCUAGUAUCAUGAGCGAUGAGGUUUCAGUAACUUCCGAAGACAUGAGAACACAGUGGCUAUCGCUGCGUCGAAUUUACGUCCAAUUCAUGCAAGAUAGCCCCCAAGAUAGUCCUCAACGAAUCGAAUCGUACAUGCACUUUCUAAUACCGCAUUUGAAAUUUCCAAUCAAGCCAAAUUUCGUCCCCAAAUCGGUGGAACGUUCCGAUCUGCCGACAGAGUCGGAAAUAGCACGAGUCGAGGGUUACGACCACCUCGGGUACGAUCCGGGAGACCAGGAUGCCGCUUUCCUGCUCAGUAUCCUGCCCCACCUGAAGGCCAUGACCGGCCACCAGCGAAGGCAGUUCAAAGUUAGAGCAGUCACGCUAAGUGCGGAUAUGCUAAGUGAUUUUAGUUGAUUCGAAUUAAGUAAAUUUAUCAUUAUCAAGUAAGUUAGAUGAAAUAUAUUGCGAUACAAUUAAUA